CGCCCUGAUUUAGUUAUCGCGGUUGAAACUGAGGCUGAGGCUGCGAGAUAGGAAGCCACGCCUCUGCGGAGCCCGGCCGGAAGCGCUCCGGUCUUCGCCUUCCCCGCCAUGCCUGCAUCCUUUCAAGUCCGGUUAGCAGUGGCAUGGGGGACUCUUUUGUGGGAGGCUCCAACCGGAAGUUGUUUUCACAGCGGAGCUGCGAUGGGGGAGGAGUAGUCCGAGGGGAACGUGGGUUGAACGUUGCUACUUGGUGUGGCGCGCAGGCUGGAACUGGAGUUCGGGCGGACCCGGUACGAAGAAGGGGAGCGCUCAGCGCAGGGUUCAUUGAAAAAUCCUUAGUGAUAUUGACAUGUUUCAAGUGACAUAAAUUAGCCAAAGACUCGGAAUGAUGGAUUCUUCGAAGAUUGGAAAUGGUUUGCCAGUGAUUGGACAAGGGCCUGAUAUAGGGAUAUCUUCACUCCCCGUGGUGGGGUAUUUGGGAAAAAAUUAUGAUUCAGCUAAAAUUACAUCAGAUGGCUAUUGCCCUGCUUGUAAAGCAAAGGGAAAGUUAAAAGCCUUAAAGACUUACCGAAUUAGUUUUCAAGAAUCUAUCUUUUUGUGUGAGGAUCUACAGUGCAUCUAUCCUUUGGGCUCUAAAUCACUUAAUAACUUAAUUUCUCCUGAUUCAGAAGAUUGUCACACUCCAAAUAAGCCUCAAAAAAGAAAGAUCUUAGAAACCAACUGUGAAGAUUUAUCUCUUUUAGCAAAGUCUAAAAAGACUAGAACUCAUAUUUUUACUGACGAUAAACAAAUCUUAAAUAACGGACAUAAUGGAGAAGAAUCUAAUAAAAGCUCAUCAAAUGUGCUGCACGGUGGUCACCAGCAUAAUUCAGCGAGGACCGCUGAUUGCUCAGGACAGAGUGAGGCUAUGGACGCUGCUGACCGCGAUGUGGCCGCUGCGGGUCCUGCUGCAGCCGAUGUUCCUGGGGCUGGGGGAGUUUCUUCUCCCAGUAAAGGAGGCACAUCUGGAUUUGGAGCGACAUGCAAGAGAACAUUUUCCUUUUGCCAGACUUCAUGUGUCCAGUGGAGAAACACUAAUGCGCUCUGCUGGUUAGAUUCUAUCCUGUCAGCUUUGGUGCACUUGGAAGCCUUGAAGAACACUGUGACUGAAUUGUGUUCUAAGGACUCUGUAUUUUGGCGGUUGUUUGAAAAAUAUAAUCAAGCAAAUAAGCUUCUAUACACCAGUCAGUUGGAUGAAGUUAAAGAUGGAGAGUAUAAAAAACUUACUUCAGAAAUAUUUGCAGAGAUAGAGACCUAUCUGAAUGAAGUCAGAGAUGAAAUUUUUGCUAAACUUCAGCCGCAGCUUAGAUGCACAUUAGGUGAAAGAGAAAGCCCUGUGUUUGCAUUUCCUCUGCUCUUAAGAAUAGAUGUCCACAUUGAAAAGCUCUUCACAUACUCCUUUUCAUGGGACUUUGAAUGUUCACAGUGUGGGCACCGAUACCAAAACAGGUGUGUGAAGAAUCUGGUCACCUUUACAAAUGUCAUCCCUAAGUGGCACCCACUUAAUGCUGCCCAUUUUGGCCCGUGUAACAGAUGCAACAGUAAAUCACAGAUAAGAAAAAUGGUAUUGGAAAAAGUGUCUCCCAUAUUCAUGGUGCACUUCGUGGAGGGGCUGCCACGGAAUGAUCUGCAGCACUACGCAUUUCAUUUUGACGGCUGUCUUUAUCAAGUAGCGUCUGUAAUCCAGUACCAAGCAAAUGACCAUUUCAUAACAUGGAUUUUACAUGCAGAUGUUUUUCAGAUUUCUUCAGAUGUGAGCCUAACUUUUGUCACCCAGAUAGGGACUUCUACAUUUGGUAGGGAAGAGUGGCGACAGGAAUCAGGCGUGUGUGGAGGGAGUUCUUUGCUGGGGAUUCAGCAGUGCAGCGGUAGUUGGCUGGAGUGCGAUGACCUGAAGGGGUUAUGUGCUCAAAAGCAUGAGAAAUUUGAAGUUCCUGCUUCAGAAAUACACAUCGUUAUUUGGGAAAGAAAAACAGCUGAAGCUUCAGAUGAAGAAGCUGCCUGCCUUGCGCUUGCGAAGACUAACGAGCAGCAGGCUUCUGGGGAAGCGCCGCCAGCGUCUCCCGUGUCCCACCCUCUGGGUCAGGCUGCCUCGGCAGAGGCGUCCUCGGGCACGCUCCCCACAGCUGUGUCCCUUGCUUCUCACGCUGUUCCACAGCACAGAGAUGUGGCUCAUGAAGAUUGUGUAUGUCCAGAUCCAAAAGUUUUGGCUGACAAUAGUAUUUCACCUCUGACACUUGAAGGAUCUGUCUUGAAAACUGCCUCAGUGACAUCCCUACCAGAAAACACACCUGUAGCAGAAAAUACAGCGCUUGGUAAGAUGAGCACUUCACAGUUGAAAGGAUCACCAGUGGAUUCUUCCGUGUCAGCUCCAUGUAAAGCCCAGGCUGUGGAUUUAAGUUUCCCGUUGCAAGUUGUAAAUACACACACGCAGUUGGUUCCGCUGAAUAGGGAGGAUUCUGCAGGUGCUCAGCCUGUGAGUAAUGGUUGUGCCACUGGUCUUGUACAGGUGGUGAAGCCAGUGGAAGUUAAAAAGGACACUCAGUUAAAACAAUCCCUUCCGUGGAAAAUUGAGAAAUUAAAACCAGAUUCACCUUCUCUAUCUCACAUAUCUAAUUUGACGAAAAAAGAAGCCACAGCAGAUCCACAGACCAUAAAAGCCAAAUCAUCACUGAAUCAGCCCCCAAAAGAAAAUCAGAAAAAACCAUUUGUGGGAAGUUGGGUUAAAGGCCUCCUAAGCAGGGGUGCUUCUUUUAUGCCAGCUUGUGUUUCAGCUCAUAAUAGAAACACUGAUUUGCAGCCUUCAGUGAAAGGGGCAAGUCAUUUUGGUGGCUUUAAAACUAAGCGUGCGAAGCAAAAGGCCAGCCACGAAUCGAAGAAAGCCCAUAGAUCUGCAGCCAAGCCCUCCGCAGCCGGCAGCCCUCCCCCAGGUCUUCCCCGGCCAGAGGACACAGCUGCUGCUCCACGUGUGUGUGAGCCCGCGGCCUCAAAGCUCCCGAAGGAGCGGGACGGUGGCUCCCACGGAGCGCACCUCGGUCUCCCUCCUCAUGGAAGGGAAAGUGGGGGUUCCUCAGCAGACCGCAGAGACUCGGCCGAGGGUCAGAUUCAUCAGCUUCGUCUAAAGCUUCUUAAAAAACUAAAGGCAAAAAAGAAGAAGUUAGCUGCCCUCAUGGCUUCCCCUCAGAGUGGACCGCCUCCUAGUGAAAAUCUAGAACAGGGGCCCCCGUGUGAGUCUCCAAAUGAUUGUGAAUCAAUAGAGGACUUGUUAAAUGAACUGCAGUAUCAGAUUGAUGUUGCGGAUAAUAAAUCUGGAUGUACCACUGUGACUAGUGUUUCCUCAUGUAAUCAGCUUCAUGAAGAAAUUUUAGCAGAAUUACUGUCCCCAAGCAUUUCAACAGAGCUCCCAGAAACUGGGGAGGCUGGCUUCAGGUAUUUGGAAAUGGGCGACAGCCAUGUCCCAGCCCCAGAACCCACUGAAUUAACUAAUAAUUCCCAGAUUGCACACCUGAAACAGGAGCAUAAUUAUUGCAGCCCCACCAAGAGGAGCCAUUGUGAAGUCCAGGCGGUCUCGCAGACGAAUGGUACCUGCGUAAGGACGUUGGCCUUGGAGAGCCCUGCUAAGACUGAUCUCUUUGAUGAGUUUUUUUCUACUGUGUUAACUUCUUCGGCAAAUGACGCCUUAGACUUACCUCAUUUUGAUGACUAUCUGUUUGAGAAUUAUUGAGUAUUUGUUAACUUUAAUAUUUAUUAUUGCUGUUAGAAAACUGUACCUGUGUUUUCAGGUCGUAUUUAUACACUGUCCUUGUGAUAACCAUGAAUGAAAUAUAAGCUGCUGAAAGUUUUACUUUUGGUCCUGCCCAUGAAGCAUGUAACCUAUUAUACAAAUUAAAAUAAUUAGGAAUUGUU